UGAGAGAAGAGAAGGAGCAGCAGAGGAGUCCGGAGCGCAGCGCGGACGCUUCUUCUUCUCUCCUCCCCCUUCAGACCCCGCCGCUCCACUCCAUCUCUCCCUCUCUCUUUUCCCCUCUCUCUCCCGCACUCUCUCUCUCUCUCUCUCUCUCUCUCUCUCUCUCUUUCUCUUUCUCCCCCUUUCUUAAAUUGACAUUGGUCUGGCUCGAAACAUGAUAACAGAAAAGCCUUCCUCCGCUCCGCGUUGUCGGGCUGUCCUCAACCCCGAUCACUUGAAACUCAAAUAAGCAGGCGUAAAGAGGGAAAAAGGAUCGCACAGUGUCCUAUCAGCGGGUGCUCAGAGGGAAUAACAAGAGACCUUUAUACCACACACACACACACACGCAUACACACACACACCCUCGUAUGUGCUCUUGCGCAUCGUAGAUCUUAGAAAGUGCUAGUGUUCAACUACAGUGAAAGUUAACAUGUAUAUGCACGCUUUGAUACGCGCAAGCCUUGGAUUUGUAGGUUUCUGCUUGGUCGCCUUUGUCCAACAGUCAGCUUCAGGAAGUAAAACCACUCAAGAUGUGGACGAGUGUGCAGAGGCGCUUGACAACUGCAGCAUCGAUGCCAUCUGCCAGAACACCCUGAAGUCAUACAAAUGUAUCUGCAAGUCGGGCUAUAAAGGGGAUGGCAAACAUUGUGAAGAUGUCGACGAGUGUGCAACUGAAUACAACGGCGGCUGUGUCCAUGAGUGCAUCAACAUCCCAGGAAAUUACAGGUGCACAUGCUAUGAUGGCUUCCGCUUGGCACAUGACGGGCACAAUUGUCUAGAUGUGGAUGAGUGCUCAGAAGGCAACGGCGGAUGCCAACAGAUUUGUGUCAACAUGAUGGGCAGCUACGAGUGCCGCUGCAGAGAAGGAUUCCUCCUGAGUGACAACCAGCAUACCUGUAUCCAAAGGCCUAAAGUGCAAUCAGAAGGCGCAAAGGAGGGACCCACCUGCAUGGACAAGAAUCACGGCUGCGCACACAUCUGUAGGGAAACACAGAAGGGUGGCAUCUCCUGUGAGUGUCGACCUGGAUUCCAGCUCACCCGUAACAUGAAGGACUGCAAAUUGACGUGUAAUUACGGUAAUGGGGGUUGCCAGCACAUCUGCGAGGAGACAGACCACGGCCCCAAGUGCUCAUGCCACAUGAAGUUCGUCCUGCACAGCGAUGGAAAGACUUGUGUAGGGGAGAGGAGUGUCCCGUACCCGGCAGUCCCACAGCCGUUCCCUAAUGAGACCUGUGCAGUGAACAAUGGCGGCUGUGAUAGCACAUGUCAUGAUUCAGUGACAGGAGUCCGCUGCAGCUGUCCUGUUGGCUUCACUCUGCAGCCGGACCGCAAGACCUGCAAAGACAUUGAUGAGUGCCGUCUUAACAAUGGGGGAUGUGAUCAUGUGUGUCGAAACACAGUGGGCAGCUUUGAGUGCAGCUGCAAGAAAGGCUACAAACUGCUGACCAAUGAGAGAACUUGUCAAGACAUUGAUGAGUGCUCUUUUGACCGCGCCUGUGACCACUUUUGUGUCAACUCUGCCGGCAGUUUCCAGUGCCUCUGUCAUAAAGGCUACGUCCUCUACGGCUUGGCACAUUGUGGAGAUAUUGAUGAAUGCAGUAUAAAUCGUGGAGGUUGUAAAUAUGGCUGCAUCAACACUCUGGGGAGUUACGAAUGUACCUGUCCACCAGGGUACAAGCUGCAUUGGAACAGGAAAGACUGUAUUGAGCUGGUGAAAUGUCCUCCUGGACUGGUGGCACCAAAGGCCACUCUGACCUGUAGCAAGACAGGCAAGAAAGAGAGCUGCUCUCUUACCUGUGCCUCCAAGGCUCACUAUCUGGCAGAGUCUGACAGCAGCUACUCAGUCAGCUGUGGUAUCCCCAUCCUGAGAGGGAAGUCCCCUUCAAGGCUCAACUCCAGCAGCAGUCAGAGCUGCAUAGAGACUUUGGCCCCUCCAGUGAAGCAGACGGCUUCUUUCAAGAUCAAAAACGCCAAAUGUCACCUGCACCCGAAACUGACCGGAAGGACGGAGGACAGAGGACGGACACUUGGACCAGUAUUUCCUCACAGAGAACGUGAUGUAUCGUCCACAGGAGGCGGGCAGCCCUGCAGCAACUGCCUGGUGACGUUUGUCAACCUCAAAUGUGACUCCUCUAAGAAAGCAAAAGGGCGGCGUGCUCGCAACCCCUCUAACAAAGAGGUGACACGCAUCACUUUGGAGCUGGAAGCUGAGGUCAAACCUGGAGACACUACAGGGAGUUGCAAUCUCAGCUGCCUCAGACAGCGCAUGGAGAAGCAGGUGAAGACGUAUAUCAAGGCUCUGAAGAAGUCCAUAAAUCAGGAGCGCUUCCUGAUCCGAGUUGCUGGUUUGGAGUAUGAGGUGGCCCAAAAACUUCCCCAGGCUACUCCCAGUCAGGAGAACUGUGGCCCGGGCUGGGAGAGGGACAGUGGCCGAUGUGUCAGAUGCUUGCCGGGGUCUUACUACCACGGUGAGCAGGAGCGCUGUGUCCAGUGUCCGCCCGGCACUUUCCAGGAGAAGGAGGGGCAGCUGGCCUGUGACCUCUGCCCUGGCAGCGACGGUCACGGCCCUGUUGGCGCACGAAACAUCUCCUCCUGUGCAGGCCAGUGUCCGACGGGGUACUUCUCCAGUGAUGGGUUCAAACCUUGUCAGCCGUGCCCUCAGGGCGCCUACCAACCAGACUUGGGGCGGACCCUGUGCUUCCCCUGUGGGGGAGGACUGAGCACCAAGCGGGAAGGUUCCAGCUCCUUCCAUGACUGUGAAGUUAAAGUUCAGUGUUCUCCAGGUCAUUACUACAACACCACAGUACACCGGUGUAUCCGCUGCCCAGUGGGGACGUAUCAGACAGAGUUUAGACAGAACUACUGUAUUUCCUGCCCUGGGAACACCACCACUGAUUUUGAUGGUGCCACAAGUGUCUCGCAGUGCAAGAGUGAGUAUGAAAAUAACUGUUUUGUGUUGUCAGAUUUCUUAUCCAUGAGCUGGAAGCUAAUUUGUUUUGUUUGUGUAUGUCUAGACAGGCAAUGUGGUGGUGAGAUGGGUGAAUUCAUGGGUUAUAUUGAGUCACCUAACUAUCCCGGUAAUUACCCUGCUAAUGUGGAGUGUAUCUGGAACAUCAACCCGCCCAGCAAGCGCAAGAUCCUAAUCGUGGUGCCAGAGAUUUUCCUGCCCUCAGAGGAUGAAUGUGGAGAUGUGCUGGUUAUGAGGAAGAACUGGUCAGCCACAUCCAUCACCACCUACGAGACGUGUCAGACGUACGAGCGGCCAAUCGCCUUCACAGCUCGCUCCAGACGUCUCUGGAUUAACUUUAAGUCCAAUGAGGCAAACAGCGCCAGGGGCUUUCAGAUCCCUUACGUUACUUAUGAUGAGGACUAUGAACAGCUCGUAGAGGACAUAGUGCGAGAUGGAAGACUCUAUGCCUCAGAAAACCAUCAAGAAAUCCUCAAGGAUAAAAAACUGAUUAAGACUCUUUUUGAUGUGCUGGCUCACCCAAAUAACUACUUUAAGUACACCACUCGGGAGUCCAACGAGAUGCUUCCUCGCUCCUUCAUACGUCUCAUAAGCAGCAAAGUCUCCGCUUUCCUGAGACCUUACAAGUAAAGUUACUCAGCUGCUCAAGCACCGGAUCGUGAACCCCCACCCCCCUCCCUCCCCGACAUCCCCCUCCACCUUACAGGCUACAUCCCGCAACUCUCGCAGGACUUAACACACAAACAUACUAGUACGUUUACUCUCUUAUUUUCCAUAGGCUUUGACAAUAAACACUAUGCAGACCUGAGAAAUACUGAAAAUAACUUGUUUCAGGUUCUCUCUCAGUUUCCAUUCAGCACAGGUCUGCAAUCCUGAGCUCAAGCAUUUAGUGGGGGUGUAGAGUACGUGAGAGGGUUUGGUUUCUAUUGUGUUGGGCAAUGAAACCACAAAAAAAACAAACAAUAGAAACGCCUAUUUCAGAUGGUAGGAGUGACGUUUUGUGUGUGCGGUUUGAGCUUGAUAGAGCUUGUUAUUGUGUUUGCUUAAAUGAGCGGUCCAGCUCCAACUCCUACCAUUAAGUAUGACUGUAAGUGUUGUGUAAGUGUUGUGUAACCCUGGUUCCAUCUUCAGUGUCUGUGUGCUGUCCUCGAGGAGGAGCGGUUGUUAAUUCAUGUCGCAGCUGCGUUCGACGUCAUUCAAAGCCUUACUAUAUUUGAGCUCUUAGAGCAGUUUCCAGGGGUUUUACUGUUAAAACAGUUAAUCUAUGUUUUGUUCCAUCUGUCUAGACUGUAACAACGUUUUCCAACCUUCAGAUAAUUUCUGUUGCUCUUUUUGUUUGUUUGUUUAAGCCAACUUAAAAGCAGAUACAAAAAAAGAUGGUUUAUCAUUCCAGGAACAUAGUAGACAUCUGGGAGAUGAAUAACAAAGUAAUAAUUGUGAGAGCCACAGAAAUGAGAAAAUGUGAUGUCGAGUGGAACAUAUCUCUGAGAGAGAGAUAGAGAGAAAUGUCUUUGAGGGACAUAAUGUUUGCUGCUUCUUUUAAAAAGGUCACUUUAAUUCUUCAAUCUCAUAUUGUCUUUCUGAUGUAUUCUACACACUAAUAGUCUAAAAAAAAAAAAAAAAAAAGGAAGCUCCACAUCUAAAAAUAAUUUAGUUCUCACACACAGUAAAUUGAUAAUCUCACAAUGCCGGUCUGUGGACUACCAGUUUUAUUGUUUUUAUUUCAAUCUUGUAAAUAAUGAAAAUAAAUUAGACGAGGGUUGAAUUCAUUAAUCCUAUUUUUGUUUUUAAAUGCAGGACAAACCCCCCCAAAAAAAGAAAAUCACUCUUUGCCCUUUAUGUCCCGCCCAUCUCAAAUCCAAAGACACCCAGUACCCCCUCCAAAAAACACCCCAUUCAGAGUUUGUUCUGUCCUAAUGAAGACAGCUCUUCCAAAGACCGCCCCCGCCCCCCCUAAAAAAAAAACAAAAAGAAUGGUGGGUCACUUUGUUUUGUGCACUAAACAGAACACGUCAUCCUACCUUUGUAGUACAAAGUGCAAUGAAAACACCUUAAAAAUUUGGUUACACCCUAUUGUGACCCCCAACAAAGCUUGUGAAAUGUGUUUAGGCUGCAGUCUUGUUGAGACUCAUUGUAUUAAAUAUUUAAACAGUGACUACAGGCAGAGGAAGUUUCCCCAUUUUCAGAGAAACACUAAAAUAUUAAGUCUGUCAAAAAAUGUAAUAGAGUAUUUGGUGUGUAUAAGAUAUUCUUUGCGAUUUCAAAACAGCGACCAAAACAGGGUAAAAUAAGUUAAGUAAAUAUCUAACACUUCACUUCAUGCUACGAUCUAGGAGUAGUGCAAUAUUUUGGGAAAUGCGCUUAUUCUUUCUUGCCAAGAGUUUAGAUGAGAAAAAUCGACACCACUGAUGUCUUUACAAUAAAUGUGAAGCUACAGCCAUGGAACAGUUAGCUUAGCAUAAAGACUGGAAACUGAAAUCCGCUAGCCAGGCUCUGCCCGAAGAAAGCAAAAUCCACCUAGCAGCAGCUUUACAGCUCAGCUAACUAACCGGUUACAUCUCUUUUUUUUUUUAAGUCAGUACAACACGUUGCAGUUUUACAGGGAGUUGUGUUGCACUGUUUCUUGGCUGGGUGCGAUGACUUAAGUAAGGACACUUUGCAAGAAAGUAUUUCCCAAAAUUUAGGCACUAUUCCUUUAAAUUCAUUACCACCACUGCAGUCAGAUUGGUACAAUGAUAAUCCCAGCCCCUUAACCCAUAUUCAACCCUCUAAAAACAUAAAUUGAGUCGAUGCCUGCGCUGAUAUCUAAUUAAUUUUUCGGGGAGUCAUUUUGUCCUCACUCGUGUAAAUUUAAAAAAAUAUAAAUGGUACACUUAUGUACCAAAUGGUGAUUUUAAGUAACUUUAGGAUGACAAAGGGAUUUCGACCACAUUGUCAAAGCUAAGGGCGAUGCUGGGCCAAGCCACGAAGAUGUCAGUCUGAAUAUUCCUCUAUAUACACGUCUCACUAACUUCAGUCACAGAAUUCUGUACAUCUGGUCUCAAUGUACUAGAAUAGAUGCCAACAGGCAGCAUCCCAGCGUGCUCAGUCACCCAAAAGUCCCCCUCUGCCCAGAAUCAGCUUCUUUCCUGCAACCUGAUUAGUUUUGUGAAUUAUUGCCUUUUAACGAGAGUUUGCUAUGAUGUAUCAUAGAGUUGAUAAUGAUAUUUGCACUUGAAUUGUUAUUGCUCAUGUAAAGAAAUGUCUGGAUUUUGUAUUGUCUUUUUAAAUGAAUGGAAUUGGUGUUUUUGUUUUCUUGUAGCUUGUUUGUUCAUGAAAUGCUCACUCACCGUUUAGUCUAUAGAGAUGAUACACAUAACAUUAUCAACUGUAAAAAAAGAAAAAAAAAAUCUAUGUACAGAGGUGAAUGAAACAAGUUUGUACUUGUUACUGCCCAAAACACUUAUUGAAAUAAACAUACUGUACUUCA